AUGCCGCACCCGCCGGAGCGGUCGCCUUUUGGGGCGUCGUUCGCAGAGUCGCCUGCGGCGUCGCCUUCCUACUCCGACUUCCUUAGGGCGAACGGGCCCCUGAAGGGUUCAGCGAUGCCGCCGUUGUCCCCUGCGUCUUCUUCGCCGUUUUCACAGUCCUGUUUUUCCAACUCGCUGCCCCUAUCGUCUCGGACUCUGCCCUCCUCGCCGCUUCCUGCGCUGCGCGAGGCUCCGCUUUCCUCCUCUGCGGUGCUCUCGCACCUGCGGGCCUCCUCGACAGCCUCGUUGCCUCCUUUUGCCUCUUCUUCAGUAGUCUCGCCUCUCUCUGGAGCCGGAGCAGAGGAUGCAACGAGCGACGGUCUGUUUGCGGCUCUUCCGGACGCACUCUCUUCGCCAGGUGUACACACUCCUGGGAAGACGCAGUGUUCAUCUUCCCUUCGCUUGUCCGACGAGAAACUCCAGGCCAUCGCGCUCACCGACCCGCUUCUUCUGGAUUUUGUCCAAGAACUGGAGCAGUUGUCGCCGGAACAGAAACGCUUCUUCAUGAGUCCGUACCUCCCGGCGCGCGACCGCACGCCUGCAGCUGCGGGCAGUCCCUUCCAAGAAAGCAAAAAACUCGAGUUCUGGAAAAAGGCUUGUCAUGCUCUCUGCCGCCUGCGCGAAAGCCCCGCUUUCCCUCGGUCGUCUCUUUCGCUUCUUCUUCCGGCUCUCCUCGAGACCGCGGCCUGUCCGUGGACUCUCAUGGAUCCGGAGCGCAUUCUUCAGGGCCUCUGCGACGCGGGCGCGAUCUGCCGCGUCCGCGACCUGGAGCAGGAGUACUUUUCUGCUUCUCGGCGAGCCGUCCUCGAGGCGCGCUCGCAGGCGCGGCGCGAGGUGCACGAGCGGAGAAAGCGCCAGGCCGACCAGCCGCCAGCGCCCCCGGCGUCCGUCUUGCCCUCUGCGUCUGCUUCUUCUGUCUCGGCGUGUGGAGGCGAGGCGCCCUCUGCGGCGUUCGCUGCGGAGUGGUCAGAGCGUUCGGCUGCGUCUCUUCUCAGCGCCGCGUGGCCUUUCUGCAGGGCGGUCGCGGACCAGUUGGAUCGCGCGGCGCUGCGCGGCCUCGCCGCGCUGUCGAGGCACGCCGGCGCCGCCCUCCGCAGAGUGGCUUCCGCGGCGCAGCGGCGAAAAUGCAGGCGUGUGGAAGACGCCGUGGCAGAAAAGAAGCGCAGAGCGACGGUCCACGCGAAAAAUCAAAGCGAGGACAUGUGCAUCUGCUCGGCUGCCAUGGAGGAAUAUGUCGCCGAAUUCGCUUUUUGGCUCCGCUUCUCAGAGACACCCAGGGAGAAGAAUCUCAUCGAGGACGACGAGGGCGACGAGAGCGACGGAGGCGCAGAGGAGGAAGCGAAACUAGAGAAAGGCCGAUCGCGGUUUCUGCUCCCUGAGGAAGUCAUCGAGAGCUUCUGGGCGUCGCGCUGGAGGGGGAAGGACGCUUCUUCCGCCGCCUUCUCCUUCGAGAGUUUCCUCGGCUUCCUCCUCAGCCGGCGCGCCUCUGCCUCGCGUCGCGUCUGCGCAGCUCUCUGCGCUCUCCCGGUCGCCUCGCGGUCGCUGAAUGCUCCCGCUUCGUCUUCCUCCUCGGCGGCCGCGGCGCCCCGUCGAGAGGAAAAAGGGGAACCCUGCAAAAGUCGCCGGUCGCUGUGGAUUCGCCUCGGCGCGCUCCUCUCGCGCAGGGACGCCGAGGCGCCGCGCACCGAUCCGAAGACCGCAGAAGACGAGCCACUUUUGAUGCUUGUGAAAAUCACCAUAAAUCAAGACGAAAACGAGACACAGGCAAGGCGGAGAGACAGCAGAAAGGGCCAGAGCAGACCCCGCAGCGGAUGGGCUAGCCUUCUGAAGAGCCAGGUCCUCGCGGCUGCGCGAGCCGGCGACCGCAAGACCGCUGUGCGUCUCCUUCGCUUCUUGCGGCAAAUCGAGCUGCGCCGCGAAGAGGCGGAUCUACUUCUGUUUCAGGUGGAAAGUUCUCUGGGCAGUCAGGCGCGCGUGCGGUCGCUGAGUGUCGUCGCGAGUGCCUUGGCGGAGAACGAGCAGAUCCUCAGGAGCUAUCAAAGAAGCAGCGCGGCGGUCGCGGGCGCCACAGCCGAGCGGCUCGCGCCGACCCUCGCAGAGACGCGGGAGCUUCAGGCGGAGACUCAGCGCGUGGCAGACACCUUCGAGGUUUUCGCGUACCCGGGCGUCGCUUCGGUGGACGACGACGUCCUGAACGCAGAGCUGGCGGAGAUCGAGAAGCAGGUGCUCGAGGAGAAGACCGCGGCGCUGCUCUCGACGCUGCCGGCGGUGCCGCAGGGCGAGCUCUCGCCGACUGUUCUCCGGUCGCCUGCGCAGGGCGCCGCGCGGCCGUUCUUGCCUCGCGUAGCGCUACUUCCCACGCGGAAGCGCCGCGACCUCAACCCCCUGGCGCAGAGUCCAGUCGACCGCCGAAAUUUGACUCUCUCCGCCCUCCGGCGCUCAGUCUCGCCGUUCGCGCGCCCCAAGAAGAAACGUGUGCUGCUGACGCCCCCCCCGCCCCUUGGGGCGGGGCCGCCCAGCCGCGCCUCCAGAGGGCGCUCUCACUGCAGGCCGGCGCGCGUGGGGAGAGGUGAGGCGCGAGACGAUUCGCGUCGCACGAGAGACAAAAGCCUGCAGAGGCGACCUAGGGAGCGGGGGCUGGGAGGCGAGUGCGGCCUCCAAACUCUGAGGAAGCCGCGCGACCGUGGACAAGAGGGCACACUUAGCCUCUGA